GUUCUCCUAUUUAUUACAUGCCUGUAAAUACGCGAGAUUGCCGAACUUUGACUUCGACGUACCUCCUGUCGAAGAGGAAGCGCCUCCCUACCGUGCCCUACCACCCUGUUACCUGGCUUCAGCCGAGAAGUGACUUCGAUGAGCCUACAUAUUAUUAAAGAAGAGGAAGAGAAUACAGCCGUUCUUUCCACUAUCUAAGAGACAUGCAAAGUUGCUCUAAAUCUAAGUCCUCUGUUUUAUAACGCAUAGGGAACAUUAACAUCUGAUAUCCGCAAUUCAAUAUUGAUGUGCUACAAAACGAUUUUAUAGCGGCUCCAUCCAGCAUGUCUUGCUUUACACCGCGCAAAGUAUAACAUAACUUCUUUUUUUUCAAAUCGUUCGUGACGUCGACGUUAUCUGUACAAGUAUAGACCAUGUCACUUUAGACCCAAUGUAGCGGGGAAUAUCAUAUAUGAAGUUGCAUUUGACAUAUUUCUAGCAGCAAAGGAACUUUAUGAAACUGUUGUCCUACUGACCUGUAUAUAUGUUCCGCUCAGAAUGUAGAAAUGAAAUAAAAGUUGAUAAUGUAAGAUUCGGAUUCUGUUAUCUUUUGUAGAAGAACUGACGAAGAAGCUGUAGUUUAUCAAAGCAACGUUGUAUGAGUGCACGUAGGUAAACAUAUAGAUAUGCACCGUUAUGUUUGUAUUCUCUCGUAUUGUCAGUAGAAGACGUCCGAGUCUACGAAAUGUAGAGAGGUCUUGAGAACUGAGAACCACUUCUGUUAUCAUGUUUAUGUUAGACUCCGUACCGUUCAGUGACGUCAUUUUUCCCAAACCUACCGUGACAGGAUACGUCUGCACAGAAAAGUACAAAAAGAGAACGAAGAACUUUGAGCCCGGCUGUUUAACCGAUGAAAAAACGUACCUCAAUCUAAAAAUUAUUGGCAUCGUCCUCCCACACACCAUGACACACGGAACACUACAAAUAUCGAAUCGACCCGCUGCAUUCGCUGUGCAUGGUACCGGCUCACACUGCAAAAUACAUGGUUCGUCCCAGAUCAAAUAUUUGACUUCACCCGCGUCAUAUAGUAAAUACCUAGCUACUACACGAGUGCCAUUCUUGCAACUAGCACCCCCGAUCCCGACAGCUGCAGAGCUUACUUCUCACAGCAAACGAUACAAGUACAAAUUGGCGGUAACCAUGACUACUGGUGGCACGGUGCCCUGGGGCAGAGAGUACUUGGAUGAGUUGUUCGGCACGUUUGAAGAGGACAUCACUGAUGACGAAGGAGAGGGAUCCAUGAAAUCCAUGGAAUUCUUCCAUGAUGUGUUCAGUAGUGGGUCAUAUGGAGGACGUCUGAUUGACAUCGGGUCUGGUUCUACACUGUACCAGGUUAUCAGCGCUAGCAGAUUCUUCUCGGAAAUAGUGUGUUCCGAUUACAGCAAGGACGCAAGAACAGAGAUCGAGAAAUGGCUGAAGAAGGACAAAGGGGCAUUUGAUUGGACAUCGUACUUCCAAUACUUCAUAGACUUGGAAGGAAGCAGUGAAAAGAUUGAGGAUCGUGAACAGAAGCUCCGCCAAGCGAUCAAGGCGGUAGUGCACUGCGACGUCCUUCAGCCCAACCCUACUCAACCACUGACCUUUGAACCAUUUGAUGUGAUGAUCUCAGCUUAUUGCCUUGAGGUGGCAAGCCCAGAUAGAUCAUCAUAUGCUAAAGCGGUGGCAAACAUAUCAACACUACUGAAACCUGGAGGAACCAUUGUAUUCGAGACUUACAUUGGGGCAACCUUUGCUGUCAUAGGAGGUGUAAAAUCGAAGCUCCUUCCUGUUGAAGUGGAGUUCGUGGUGCAGACCUUCAGAGACGCAGGCUUCUGCGACAUCCAGACUGUCUACUACCCGUCUCCGGACAGGGAGGAGUACAAGGUCACCGAUGUCAAGGGCAUGCUGUUCUUCACAGCCAAGAAAUGCAGCUGAAAACUGUGAAGCUUCUGACAUGAAAGCUGAAAAUUGAAAUCCAGAAAGAAGAUAGCUGAAAUAGAAACCACGAUGCUACAUAGAUGUCCCCGUAAAUGCUUGCUGAUGGUUGCUUAAAUUUAUUGAGGUGUAAACUUGAGCCUUGACCUUAGCCUGCUGUGUGUACCUUAAGCUACCGGAGCACUAACGGCUGAUGUUGCAGUCUAGGGGAUAUCUUACAUUCAAACAUAUGGACCUAUUCGUUAUUAUGUGAUUACAUUCUAUAUUAGUGUGGUAUUAUGGUUAUAAGUACUUCGGAUGAUAAGACUUGUUUUAUCUGAAUAAUACGGAGAAGAAAAGUCAUGAGUAUUACUAUUGCUGCAACAAAUAGUGUAGUAGGCUUCUGUAAUUUAAGAAACAUAUAUAUAAAACUUUGAAGACCAAAUUUCACAUGUUUCCAAUCACACCUCUAUGAAUGAACUGAAUGGAAGGAACCUAAUAUAAUGCCUCGACUUUGGAACCAUUUAUACAAAAAUCCUCCUUUCAAAUAUUACUCUUGUUAUAGAUAUUUAAGAGCCAAGACCGCACGUCAAACUCAUGUCAAUGUAAAGCCAAUAAUCAGUAUCUUUACGUCAAUUACGUGUCUUUUUGUAUUGUAUGUGUUUUAUCGUGGAAAGGAAACA